GUACCAAGGUCGCUGGAUGGAUCUACUUGCUAAUUUUAAUGACUUAGAAGAGUGUUUAAUAUCCGAUGAUCUUUUCGAAAAUUACUUCAAUUAUUUCCUGUCGCUUCCGGUUUUUUCGCUUAAGUUACAGUACAAUAGACUAAGUGGUGAAUUUACCCUCACGGAUUCGCAUGAACUUGAUACCAAAGAGUCAUCACGUUUGGGUCUUUCGGAAGAAGAUCGAGAACGCGUUAUUAAAUGGGCUGAGUCGGAACGUCUUCCAUACUUUAUGCGGAGCGAUAUUUACAGGGAACUACUACUAUGCAAGUUCUUGAUAGCCCCACUUGAAAUGAAUACUGAUCUCAUCGAUUAUUGGGAGCCGUUCAGUGCAGAUUUAGCUAGCACUUUAGGUUGUCAUCCUGGAGUUAGUAGGCAUACUUAUACUUCCUGGACGACAGAUCUCAGCACUUAUGAUGAUGAAACAGAAAGCAGUUAUGAUUACAAUUCUGAAAAAGUUAGUGAAGUUUGCUUGGUCCGAGUGUAUAUAUGAGGAAAUGCUGUGAUUUUUAAUGAACUAUACUGAUGACCGACACUCGUUAGCUUUACGUAGGUUUAUAUCAGUUUGUUGAAAUAGCUCUCAUUUAAGGAAUUUUUCUUCAGCCUACGGUGAUACGUUAUUAAAAAUAAAUACCUGGCACUAUUUUUUAAGCUUUUAGUACGGUGACGACAUACUUUCCCUCUGAAUGACUAAGUAUUAGUUGCUUUCAUGAAUAACACUGGUAGAGGAUUUCACCGUGUUACCGUGUCAUGUCAAGAAUUAGCUUCGGUACUCAGAUGUUUUUUUUCGUUUGCAAAUCCUUUCAUAAUGCCUAAUCACCCAGUCAAAUGUAAUUGGUAAUCACUAUAGAAUCUGGCAAUAACGAAGUCCAACUCAAACACAACCAUCAAACUAAACUACUUAAAAAUCUAAACUAAGAAGAGUUAUUUAUUUUUUGGACACUAAUAAGGUAA